AUGUUUUUAAAUUUUUUAUGUGUGACUAUUCUGUUUGCGUCUUUCGACUUUGGUUCUGCAAUCAGCUGUUAUGAGUGCAACAGUGCAAAUAAUUCAAUGUGCUUGGAACCAAAUAUAUACGACAAGGAGAGUGUGCAGCGAUAUUUAAAGAUCACCAACUGUGAGCAGAAAGUGCCUCGAGGCCAAACCAAGGAGCAGAUGUUCUGCAGGAAGAUUAUUCAGACUAUUCUCCACAAAGGCCACGACACUGAAGUGAGAGUGACGCGUGGAUGUGGCUGGGUGAAGCACCAUCGCGAUUGUUAUAAGGCAGACAACGAAGAUCACCUGGAAACCGUCUGCCAAUGCUUCACAGAUGACUGUAACUCCGCUGCAAUGAAUACAGCUGGGUUGUUGGUACCAAUUAUAGUUUUUAAGAUGUUUAUUUAA